AUGGGAAAUGGAAGCAAUGUGACUGAAUUCAUUCUUUUGGGAAUUACAAAGAAUCCAGAGCUGAGAAUAAUAUUUUCUGCUUUGUUUUUGAUCAUAUACACGGCCACGGUACUGGAAAAUCUACUCAUUGUAGUAACUAUAACCAGAAGCCAGAGUCUGAGGUCACCCAUGUAUUUUUUUCUUGCUUCUCUGUCAAUCAUAGAUGUAAUUUACUCUUCUGUUACUGCCCCUAAAUUGAUUGUGGACUCUUUCUCUGAGAACACUACCAUUUCUGUGGACGGUUGCAUGAUGCAAUUCUUUGGUGACCAUCUCUUCGGUGGUGCUGGCAUGAUCCUUCUCAUUGUGAUGGCCUAUGAUCGCUAUGUGGCCAUCUGUAAACCUUUGCACUAUGCAACCAUUAUGAAUACUCUGGUGUGUUGCCUGAUGGUGGGUGGGGCUUGGGUGGGGGGUUUCGUACAUGCAACAGUUCAGCUUCUCUUCAUGUAUCAAAUACCUUUCUGUGGCCCCAAUACCAUUGACCACUUUAUGUGUGACUUGUUUCCAUUGUUGAAACUGGCCUGCAUGGACACCCACAUCCUGGGUCUCUUGGUUAUUCUCAACAGUGGGGUGAUGUGUGUGACCAUUUUCCUUGUUCUCAUGGCUUCUUAUGUAGUCAUCCUCUGCUCCCUGAAGUCUCACAGUUCUGAAGGUAGGCGCAAAGCCUUGUCCACAUGUAGCUCACACUUCACAGUGGUUGUGUUGUUCUUUGUGCCGUGUAUUUUCUUGUACAUGAGGCCCGUGGUCACUUACCCCAUAGACAAGGCCAUGGCUGUGUCUGCUAUCAUUGUUGAACCAAUGCUAAAUCCUUUGAUCUAUACCUUGAGGAAUGCAGAGGUGAAAAAUGCCCUGAGGAAGCUGUGGAUGAAACAGGGACCUUGA